AACACGCGGCUGAAUCUCUGUCGGGGCAUCGCGAGGGGCGCUCUAAAGAGUAUCCGUGGAUUUCAUACCUCGAUCCCGUGCUCCUCGCACGGCUUGCCACACUUUCUGUCCGUGACACACGGUACGUCGCGGGCCACCCUUAGGACUACGCCUACGUGUAGGUGAGCCCUGCUGGCGUCGGUGGCCAAGUCGGUGUACCCGUGCCUCGUUGUGUGGGUUGGACCUUACGUGUGCGCGAACCCUGUUCGUGGACCCUCUGCGCGUUUCCACCAUCACCAGGAGGUGGAUCGGAAGCGCGCAUGCUCUCACGGCCGAGAAUCUCCCCAGUCAGGGUAAAUCUACCACCGAAUCGAGACGUGGUGCGUGUCCCGUCGUCCUAUAUACGAUGUCGCGUACACAGACGGGGGGUUCCCGUUGAAAAAAAAAAUUUAACGCGAGUCCUUAGCAGUCUGAAAAUGACGGGAAUCCGCGAGACGACCGUCCACGGAACGUUCCUACAGACCUGGAGAGUGUGAUCAGUGUGAAACGUGCGGAAACGAGUUUCGGUUGAACGAGAUUUCGCGGACACGUGAAAUCCUCUUGCUAAGAGGGCUGCUUCGGGCCCUGGAUCGGACCCAAGAGGAAGCUUCCUCGAGAAGAAGCUUCUCCCUUGCUUCUAAAACCGAUCUGUUUAUAUUCGAAAGAAUAUGACAAAGCGUCGAUAGUUAGCGACAUUCCGUCAGGUCCUAGACAGUGCGUCGGACGUUGUGUUCGUUUCAGGGUAAUUCUUCCUUGGAAGUGACAAAACGGAAUUAUCUUUGCUCAGAGACGUUAUUAAUCGUCGACGAGUGUCUUCGAAGUUGUCGCCUCGACAGUUUGGACGAUCGAUAUCAUCCAAAGGAGCGAUCGAAAUCUGUCAGGUGUCGCGUUACGUCGGAUCAACGUUCCGCGGAGGUCGCGUCGAAGAGUUCAACGAUUCUAGCUGGGAGCGACUCCACCGCAGCGACAGUCGAUUUCCCCUGACACACGUUUACAGGGAAAAGUUUCCUUCGUGUUUCAUCUGUCCGAGCAAGCUGGGCAUCGUCGAAACUUCGGGAUCGUCGUCGAGUUCCGUGAGCGUGGGAGCCUUGUAGCCUCGACUGCGCGUGGAUAGGAGUAGCGGCGGCCUAUGGAAGAUCCAGGAGACAACAAUAGACGGCCAGAGGACGCGUUCGAGGCGAUUGACGAACUGUGAUUCGACUAAUCGCGGCCGAGCCUCGGGUCGUCGGGUCUCGUGGUCGUCAGUGGACAGUGGUUUCCGAUCUCCGCGCGAUGACAACGCGUCACCGAUAAGGAUUUCCCGCGUUUGUGUUAGUACAUGUCAGUGAGUGGACGGUGCGUUGUCAUCCAGUGAAGAGGAUGUGAAUCGCUUCAGUACCAAAGUGAACGCCCCAUCAAACAUUUGCGGACAUGGCUUUGAGGUGGCAAGCGAGGCUGUCCAUUGCUGCCAUUCUCUUCAUGUGUACGGAAGAUACUCUCAGCUUAGGCGAUCGCACGAUAGAUAACAUGGAUCGACACUCGAGUCAGAACAGACCACGAAAUCAGCUGCUGGUGGAUUCUGCGGUGAAGUCGAAUGCCGAGCCUACGUUCGACUCCUCGCAGAACACCAACGUCACAGCCCUGAUAGGGAAGACCGCUUAUCUCACGUGUCGGGUCCGCAAUCUCGGCGACAAAACCGUUUCCUGGGUCAGGCACAGGGACAUUCACAUUUUAACAGCAGGGGCGUAUACCUACACGAGCGACCAACGAUUCCAAGCGCUCCACGGACAAAAUAAAGGCCAAAAUAGCGAGUGGUCUGAAUGGACUCUUUGCAUAAAGUGGGCGCAGGAGAGAGACCAAGGACUCUACGAAUGUCAAAUCUCCACUAUCCCCGUCAAGUCGCAUGAGUUUCGCUUAAAUGUCGUCGUGCCGACAGCGACGAUACUGGGGGGUCCAGAUCUGUACGUGGGAGCUGGGAGCACGAUAAACUUGACGUGCGCCAUACACUUCAGUUCGGAGCCACCAGCGUACAUCUUUUGGUACUACAACGAGAACGUCUUGAGCUACGACAGUCCCAGAGGCGGCGUCUCGGUGAUAACCGAAAAGGGUGGCGACAUCACCACCUCUUGGCUCCUUAUCCAGACGGCGCAACCCUCGGACUCCGGGGAGUACAGCUGCAAACCUAGCAAUGCCAAUACGGCGUCCAUCAAAGUCCAUGUCCUGAAUGGCGAACGACCAGAGGCGAUGCAGACCGGAACGGCGGGACCCAUUUUAUCCUCGAGCUGUCUUUUGGUGUCUCUGAUCAUUUUGUACAUAUCGUCGGUGUAAACGAACGUCGAACGACACGAUCGAGCGUCGCUGCAACGCCGCUUAGACCGAGUUCGAGUUCGUCGGGGUACGUUCACGUUAAGUGCGCGCGCCACUGUUUGCCAGGAUCGAGAGGAUCGGGGGCGAAUCGAUAGCCCGAUCUACGCUUUCCACUUGUACGUCGAGCGUGAUCGUGCGCGAAGCAUCGAGUAUCGCCAACGAAAGUUAGCUGUUCGCGCAACUGACGCCCAGCUUCGAUCCUUGGACGCGUCAGAAAUGGGCGAAAUUCUCGAAUAACGAAUAAAAGAUAAUCAAUUUAUCACUUGUCGUUUGUCCAACGAAAACUGCAAUCCGAAUUACGCGAUAGGUUUGCGUUCCACGAUGAUCGAAUAAAACCGUUCUCGCAGCUGUACGCAGUUUUCCAUUGUCAUCUGUUUUUUUCAUCAUUGCGAUUGGAGUCUCUAUAAAGGGAUUAUUUCGCGGAGUUACACGUCGCCUAUAUUCGAUACAAAAUUCUACGUUCUGGCCAUCUCCGUCUGGAGAUGGACACAAUUUUCGACUAGAUUAAAAUGUCGAACGACGAAUGAAAGGUAAACGUUCAUCCGUUAAAUAAAAAUUAGAAUUUUAACGACGGAACGAAGUAUUUCUCGACGAGCAAAUGAACAUUUAGCUACUCAAUCGAACUUUGCGAAUCGCUAGCGGUUGAUUUUAUUCGAAUAAAAUUUUGCCCAUCUCUGGCUCCAUCGCGCCGAUUCCGAUUCGUCGACAAUCUCUGGCGACACGGAAGGUCCGAAAGCUUCACUUGUUUCCAGCGAACUCGUCGCGAACGCGGGAGGUUCACAUUCCGCGACAGUUGCUGGAGAAUCGAGAUUAACGAGCAUGCAUGUCGCGAAACUCCGACGAGAGUCGUAUCUCGGUCGGAAGAGCGUUUAGUUAUUAAGGGAACGUCGACGCUAAUAUCGGCCAUGUGGCGGCCAUUGGACCAGGGCUAUUCUCGACGCCUCGUUUCGUUUGGUGAAGGGUUGACCAUAAUCUGGUUCGAUAAUCCGCAUCAAGGGAAACCGAUUUACAGGGUGCCGUAAAAGCGUGGAACGAGCGUCUCGCGGUGUGCGCUUUUACGACUGGUCGAAUCCGAGAUGCAGGUUGCGCGAGACAGCAUUCGAGGUGGGAAAUAAAACGUGACUCGACUACUCGAUACAGUGGAACGCGAGCAAAACUUUUCCCCUCGACGAAUCUCGAGAUCCGUAACACAGUCGAGGCAGACGACCUGUAAGUCGAGCAUCAUCGUACUCGAAUAGGUGAUGACAGGGUGCGCGAACAGAUCUGUACAAAUAUUGAUUAGCUGGAGGUAGAGCGUGUUGAGAAAGUCUGAACACUUUGUGGUCGAUUGUGGUCCCAAACUAGACUGCCUCGACAAUGGUUUAUCUUGAAUUUAACAUUUUGAGGUGAGUAUCCGAGCUGCUCUGUUGAAAACUUUAUACAUUUUUUUAUCAAAUCAAGAAAAUGGUAUAGAAGCUCCUUUGCUUGUAUUUUCCCCAAUUCGUACAAUUUGCCUUUCUCCAAAGGAUCACAAUUUUGUUGUAUACAUAUUCUGUUCUUGGCGAGCUUCAAUAAAUAUACUUAAACAAAUAAUGAUUGCCCUAGAUUAUAAUUUCGCGUGUCGAAGAAGACCAAAAGCAUAGGUCGAAACGCGUAUUGUUGCAAAUAGCAAUGCUUAAACCGACUGCCUGCGUUGAUGAAGUAUGCAUAGUCCGAAAUUCGGGCAGAAAAUAUUCAUUCCACGCUAGAGAUACGCGCGCGAUGCGAAUGUUAAUAUUGGAGGUGAACGCAUUAAGCCUCCACGGUCGGGCGUGCAUCAUUGUCAGACGAAAAACGCGCGCAAAUCCGUUCCAGCCGAUUAACAGUUGGAAUUGCAAACGUUACGCGAUUGAAAACAAUUACGGGAUAUUAUUAUUGCCGAACCGCUCGAAAUAAUCAUCGGGUUUUGAGCACGCGGUAUUCGUGGAACAGUCGCGCUCUAAUUUCCAGACAUCCGCUCGUUUGUCGAGAGCUUAUCGAUUCGCGGCACCGGAUGAUACUUCCACGAAUUUUCCUAAUUAUUUUUAACACCGUUCACCGGGUGUCUCUGUUGACUUUAGACUCCUCGGUAAUCAAAUUCGUCGAGUGGAAAUGAUUUCUUUGAUGUAAGGAAUUUCCAAAAGAUUCUGAUAGCUAAUAGAACAAAUUAAAAGUGUAUAAAGUUUACAAGGUCUGUUGUGAUACAAUGCAUUCCGUUUUGUGUUCUCAUUGUAACCAAAGCAAGAAUAUCAG